AUGGAUGCUGUCCUACAGAUCUUCAAGCGAAGCAUCUGUCCAGGCACCCCAUUCUUCGAAUCGCUAGCUAAGAAGCCUCCUACGACGAUGAACGACUUGUUCCGGCGCGCAAGCAAAUACUCAAUGCUCGAAGAUGACGUGCGAGCAACCACCCAACAAAUCUUGGUUGCCGGACAAGCAUCCAGAAGUGAUGUGGAAAGAAGUGCCAAACUUCCGGACCAGCCAAGGAUUCCAGCCGCCCCCAAAGCCAUUAUAAACUAUAUCCACGGAGGACCAUUGGAUGAGGAAUACGACUCCAAACGAAAUAGACAGAGGCUGUUGCAGGCAGCAUCGGUGCGUGAGCAUGUCAACUCCAUACGGCCUGGGAUAACUGGGGGAGGCCCUCACCCCAUAGAUGGGACAAUCAUUUUCCCCCCAGUAAACCCCACACGGAUAUUACAACCGCACCACGACGCCCUCAUCCUGUCCCUGGAGAUCGGAGACUUCAACGUGAGACGCAUCCUAGUCGACCCGGGCAACUCGGCCGAUCUUUUACAAGCAUCGAUAAUUAGCCAAAUGGGACGCAAUCUAACAGGCCUCGAAAACCCUGGGCGAAUUUUGUCCGGAUUCAACGGAGCGACAACUACCUCAUUGGGAGAUAUUGUACUGCCGGUCCAAGCUGGCCCAGUCACUCUCAACGUACAAUUUUCGGUGGUACAAGAUUUAUCACCCUUCAAUGUCAUAUUGGGGCGCACAUGGCUGCACUACAUGAAAGUCAUCCCCUCUACGUAUCAUCAAAUGGUAAGCUUUCUUACCAAGGAUGGGCAAAUUGACCUAUACGGCAACCAGUUAGCCGUUCGCCAAUGCUAUCAGAUAGCACAAGAAGUAAGGACCAUUCAGGAGGAUAAACUCCUCCCUGAGUCCACCCAUGCACUUGACCAAUAA